CAUGGCUGCCCAUAUUGAGAACAGGUGGGGUCUCCCACACUGUGUGGGUGCUAUUGAUGGCUCCCACAUACCCAUCAUAGCACCACAACACUACCACACUGACUAUUUUAACCGUAAAGGCUGGCAUUCCCUAAUCCUCCAAGGUGUUGUGGAUGGAAAGGGCAAGUUUUGGAAUGUUUUUGCUGGACUGCCGGGGAGCUUGCAUGAUGCCAGAGUUCUGAGACUGUCCAAGCUGUUGGAGUUAGCCAGCCGGAGAAACCUCUUCCCUCCUCACACCAGGAACAUCAGUGCGGUGACUGCUGGCUAUUACAUCCUUGGAGACUCAGCUUACCCCUUGCAGAACUGGCUCCUGAAACCAUUCCAUGACACCGGACGUCUGACAGCAGAACAGCACAUGUUCAAUCACAUGUUUAGUCGAGCACGGGUAGUGGUUGAAAAUGCUUUCGGCAGGCUGAAGGGAAGGUGGCGGUGCCUUCUGAAAAGGAAUGACUGUGACACCCAGCUGGUGAAGUCCAUGGUGCUUACUUGCUGUGCUCUGCAUAAUCUGUGUGAAGAGCAUGGGGAGACGUAUGAGGCAUCAUGGGAUGCACCUGACACAGCAGAAUGUGAGCCUGUGGCGGCAGUGGCUCAGGGUGUGGAGGAGGAGGGCAGAAAUGUACGGGAUGCUCUGAUGCAGUACGUUUUGAACAAUGGCUAGAAAAGUAUUUGUUGCUUUGUUAUCAGCAUUGUUUUAGUUAUCUUGCUUCAUUUUUGGAAUGUAUCUUGCUUCAGAAAAAUAAACUUUUAUA